AUGGGUAUGGUGAUAGUAGCGGUAGCUAUCAUUUUGCCUUCAGAGGUGGUCGAGCCGUGCGCCGACCAAAAUAUUUAUGUAUGGGAAUUUUUCAGCCAUUGCCAGGGUUGUAGCUGGGUUGUAUGGGGUGGAAAGGUUAGAGUGGUGAGGAAUGGAAUGGGGAGAAUGUUGAGAGUGGAAGGUAAAGAGUUAAUGAUGAGGAGUUGA